AUGGCGACCCUUCCUGCCAAUCCUCACAUUGCUGUCGCCGUCGUGAUAGACGGUAGGCGAGCUCAGGAGUAUCAACCCCCUUGGCUCCUAUCGCCUCCCGAGUCGAACAGGAGACAUGGCCUGCCUAUCGCUAAAUGCUACAUUGAAUCCCAAUCCCAAAAAGCGUUCAAGAUUCAGUGUCGGGUUUCACCUCGCUUCUCAUUCCCGCCUGAUACGGACUUGCUCCUCGUCUCUGUCUUCGUCGAUGGGCAUUUCUUUGACUCGAGGGCUUUUCCAAAAACAGAACUCGGUUGCAUCGAGGAAAUAGGGCAUAGACAGCGAGAUCCCACAGACCCCUCGUCCGGCUGGUACAACAUGACUUUUCAAAAGCUCACAAGUGUGGAAGACGCUGAUCAGAAGACAAUCAACGCUGAUUCUCAGCGUAUAAAGACCGUAGGAAUUAUUCGGGUCGUUGUUGGUGUUGCCAAAAGCGUGACACGCUCUCCCAAAGCUCCUAGGUUUGACGAUGGCAAGAGGCAUGAGCCCCUUCGCACUUCUCGAAACGGACUUGCUCCCAAUGAUCUUGAGCAAGGCCUUGGAACCAGGUUUGACGAUGGUGAGAGCAACAAGUUCCUUGAAUUUUCCCAAAAGGUACUUGUUCUCAACAAUCUCGACCAAGGCCAUGGGACUAGCUACCACAAGGUUGAUGAUGCUUUCGAUUCUGUUACCUUACCUUGUCGGAAUAGACAGGCCCUUGGAUGUUUCGUCUUUUACUAUCGGCCUUAUGACGUUCUCCAUGCUGAGGAUAUACUUAACCCCAACUUCGUCAAUCAUGAUGCUCAUGGCAUGCGGCUCUCAACUCAAGACGACAGAGUCAGUAUCAUGUCUAAUGGACGUAUUGCCAUCGACUUGACUCGUGGCCCGUAA